CCGCGGCGUGCCGGAACCAAUCGCAAAUUUAUACAGUGGAGGUGCACUGCCGGGUAUAUCGUCGUCCUGUUUCCUCCGCACAGCCAGUCGACCACCUCUCCCACUUCCGCCCCGUCAUGCACAUCUUCUCCCAAUCUUUUAAGUAUGAUCACUCAUGGUCUCACGUCGUCAUUGGAAUGUGGCACAAAUACCCGAACCCACAUUGCACUCACGUCGUCAACGUCGAUGUUCUCGAUCGUACGAUUGAUCCAUUAACUGGAGUAAUACGGACGGAGCGUGUCCUUGGGUGCAAACAAAAGGCGCCCUCAUGGAUAGUCAAGCUCUUUGGUGGCUCGGAGGACGCUUUUGUUCGUGAGAUAUCCUUCAUAGAUCCCGCAACGCAAACCGCGACGAUAACAUCCGUCAACCUCUCGCUGUCCCAAUUCGCUACUUGCUAUGAGCGAAUACAGUAUAGACCGAUGUCCUCCACCCAGACAUCAUUCAUACAGACAGCAGAGAUACAGGCGCGGAUGGCUAUGUGGAGGAGUAUGACAGAUAAGUUCGAGGAUUGGUUGGUUCAGCGCUUCGAGCAGAACGCUAUUUCAGGUAAAGCUGGAUUUUCGGACGUGCUCAGAACAAUGUGGGAGGCCAAGGAACAACAGACUGCACCAUCAUAGAGCAGCAGGAUAUCUAGUCUGUUUCUUCCUUUCGCUUGCACUUUUAGCAUGUUAGAUGCGUCCCAUGGAACCCCCCUAGACCACAUUCAAAACGUCUGCUACUUGGAC